AUGGCAUCCACACAGGGAUCAGCAUUUGCCUAUCACGAACCAUCAAUCAAAACAGUCCUCAACUACACUGGAUUUCUUUUGACACUGAACAUAGUCAAUACCUGCCUGGACCAGCUCCUUUACUGUGGAUUAAUCGGCCAGCUCUUCAUCGGUGUCCUGUGGGGCACACCGGGAGCACAAUGGUUCGAUCAAGAGACAGAAAGAGUGAUCCAGCAAAUCGGGUAUUUAGGCCUGAUACUUUUGAUAUAUGAAGGUGGUCUGUCAACCUCAAUCAAGUCUUUGAAGGCAAACAUCCUUCUUUCGACAGCCGUUGCCAUCACUGGAAUCUGUGUUCCAAUGGGCUUGUCAUUCAUUCUCAAGGAAAUCGUAUCUGCAACAUCUCUUCAGUCCUUUGCAGCCGGCGCAGCCUUGAGUGCAACUAGUCUCGGCACCACCUUUACUAUACUCUCAACCACCCAGUUGACAACUACAAGGCUUGGCACAGUCACCACUAGUGCUGCGAUGCUAGACGAUGUGGUCGGUCUGGUCAUGAUUCAGAUUAUUUCCAACCUUGGAGGUACCAACUCGUUUAGUCCUGUGACUGUCAUUCGACCUGUUUUUGUUUCCAUCGGUUUCGCGGUUGGUCUCCUAUUGCUGUGUGCAUUCUGUUUGCAGCCAACAUUAAAGAAAUUGCUUGGUUACAAAGACAAGUUCCCAGCUUUUGUGGGAACUGCACAAUUUGCUUUCCUUGCACAGACGUGUGUGUUAGUUGGGAUCAUGGCUGGUGCAACGUAUGCUGGAACCUCGAGUCUCUUUGCUGCCUAUCUUGCUGGUGUGGUUGUCUCUUGGUUUGAUGGGCUGGUAGCUGAAACAAAAAUACCAAUCACUGACUUACAGUCAGGGGACUCUCACGACCAGACUUUGAAUCAUCAGGGAAGCACAGGGAAUAGCAAGAACGGGUGUACCGAAGAGACACCCUCCCCACCUGUGCCAGCUCGACAAACAGAAAUAACCCAUAAACUACCUACAGGUGAAUUCAUUUACAGCAAAUAUUAUAAAGCGCCGGUCAACCGAAUUCUUCUCCCUUUUUUCUUUGCAUCCAUUGGAUUUGCAAUCCCCAUAACCAAAAUGUUCUCAGGUCAGGUUGUAUGGCGUGGAAUUAUCUACGCCAUGCUGAUGGCAAUUGGAAAAAUGCUCACAGGCCUAUGGCUCGUUCGAUUCUCUCCAAGCCCUGUGUCGGGUUUAGUCUCUACCAUCAAGAAACUGUUUGCAUGUGUUCAUUCCUGUGCGACUCCUUGGACCAUCAGCGGAAAGCCGAAUCAAAACAAGAAAACUACACAAAUACCAGCAAUCCAAGAUGACAGCGCAUAUGUUUCAACGCCGAAUAAUGUUGAAAACGAAUCUUGGCCAAUGAACAGAUCUCCUGCCCCCAAUUCUCGCCCCAGUUCCCGCAUCUCCCUCCCCCCCAAACCCAAGUCCUUGUACCCGCCUGCUAUACUAGGAUUGGCAAUGGUUGCCCGAGGUGAAGUAGGAUACCUUAUUGCUUCAAUUGCUGAAAGCAAGGGAAUGUUCUCCAAUGAAUCUUCCGAAGGACCAUCUGAAACCUAUCUAGUGGUCAUCUGGGCAAUUUCGCUCUGCACAUUGAUCGGUCCGAUCUUGGUUGGGACUCUGGUCAGACGCGUAAAGAAACUGCAACAGUCAAGGGAAGAUAUGAGGUCUGAUCCUUUGGGAGUUUGGAGAAUUUAG